AUGGAAAAUUUGCAAGCUGCACAUCAACUGUGUGAUGUAAUGACUAAGAGAAAUGUGACUUCUUGGAAUAUCUUGAUCAGUGGUUAUUCAAAGUGUGGAAACCUCGGCUGCUCGUUGAAAUUGUUUAAGGAAAUGGUUAAGAGUGGGAGUUUCGAGGAAGUGAUACUACAAUGGUUAGUGUGCUUACUGUCUGUGGUAGACAUAGCACAAAGAGUGUUUGAUAGGAUGGAAAUUAGGAAUUUAGUUUGCUGGAAUGCAAUGAUUUUUGGGCAUUGUAUUCAUGGAAAACCAGAGGCUAGGCUUAAAUUAUUUACAACAGUGGUAGAUCAGACGGGAGCAGAUGGAAAGAGCAUUUCUCCAGAUGAAAUCACUUUCAUUAGUGUUCUUUGUGCUUGUGUGCGAGCAGAACUAUUGACAGAAGGAAGAAGUUAUUUCAAUCCAAUGAUUGAUUUGUAUAAGAUAAAGUCAAAUUUUGCACACUAUUGGUGUCUGGCAAACCUUUACUCUGGUUCAGGGCUUAUAAAAAAGGCGGAGAAAAUCUUAAGGAAGAUGCCUAAAGAUGAGAAAUUGCCAUCAGAAUCAUAG